UUUUCGGGGGUCUGAGCGAUGGCACAGAGCUGUGUGGAGGGUCAGUACAUGGACAGGCUCCUGCGAGAGUGUGUGUCCUGCAGCAUGAUCUGUGACGACUCCAGCGUCCUGAAGCGCUGCUCUGAGUUCUGUGUGUCCUGGAGAUGUAAAGCCGUGUCCGGUCAGUUCUACGACACGCUGCUGAAGAAGUGUCUGAAGUGCUCCGAGCUGUGUGGCAGUCACCCGGCGGCCUGCGCAGACGCAUGCAGGAGUGUGGUGUCCGUGACGCAGAGGUCUGAUGUCGGCGGGUCUGCAGUGCAGCUGGUGACCGGCAGAGGGCGCUCGGUGUCCGGAUCCGCGCUGUACUCGGAGGCGCUGCUGUACUCGCUGCUAGGCCUCUGCAUCACUGCUCUGAUGUUCACGCUGACCGCUGCUUUCCUGCUGCUGCUCAAGAGAGCCAAACACCAGCAGCAGCUGGACACCAAGAAACAGCAGCCCAACAAACACGGACAGUCAUCUAAAGACUCCCUGAUGGCUCGCGCGGAUGAAGUGUCUCAGGAGGGCAGUGUGACUCAGGAGCGACCGAAGGCCACAGAGACCUGCGUCUACUGCUUCACCGAGCACGAGCAUGCGCGCGCCCCCGAGCAUCACCAUGACAACGGCGCGCUCCGCCCCCCGCUGCAGACGCACACCGACAGGACCGCGCCAUUCAGGAUCAUAUGCUCACCGACACAAACAAGCAUAUGAUGAUGAUGAUGAUGAUGAUGACGUCAUUCCGCAAGCAGUCGUAUGCAAAUAUAACUCCACUUUAGUUUGAAUGACAUGAAGUGAAUGCUGUUUUCAGAAGAGCACAACACACUUUCAAGG